GGCGCCUAUCUUUAGUGAAGCGCGCGGCGACGCUUCUGAAACGUGCCGCGCUGCAGCUGGUGUAAACACAAGCGUUGACUGGAGUGGCCGCGAUCGACUCUGCCGUGCCGCAUCAAUAAUAUCGGACUCGCGCAUACAGAACAUUCCCAGCUCUUCCCCAAACUAACAUUUAAGGCGGCCCAGUUAACGGAACGAUUGCGCAGGCGCAAUACGGGAUUUCGGCGAUGGGCGCGGUCCAGAAAUCUCAAAGACUCAAAACACGUCCAAGUAGACAGCGAGACGCUUCUUCAACACAGACACAAUCGUCCUUAUUUAACUCAGCUUCACAACAACAUGAAGAACGCGUUUUCUAUGUUUGUGUGUUUCUUCGUCAUAGAGGGUGUGUUUGAUGUUGAUCCAGAUGAAGUGAAGACGGUGAUCGAGGGAGAAUCUCUUACUCUACAGACUGAUUUUAUUGAAACGCAGAAAGAUGGUCUAACAGAGUGGAAAGUUAAUGAUAAUAGCAUAGCAACAAUCAACAGAGCAACUGGAAAAGUUGAAUAUAGUGAUGUGAAGUUGAUGAUGAUGUUUAGUGGCAGAAUUAAUCUGGAUCAAACUGGAUUUCUCACCAUCUGGAAUAUCAGAAUCAAACACUCUGGAGAAUAUAAAGUAGAGAGUAUCAGCAGUGUAGGGACCAAAUCCAAGACAUUCAAAGUUAUUGUGAAAGAAUCUCCACUCAAGUCUGUUGAAAAUAAAGAUGAAAUAAAGGCAUUGUUAGCCACAAAGGGAAACUCUGAGACCCUACACACUGAUACUGACCUACAGAAACAUGAUCUGAUACUUUGGAGAUUUGGAGCUGAAGGAUAUCUCAUCGCUAAAGGUGAUACAGAUAACAAUCGGACCUCAUACUAUGAUGGUGACGAUGGGAGAUUCAGAGACAGACUGAAGAUGGACAGCAGGACUGGAUCUCUGACCAUCAGUGACAUUGAAACUGAACAUGCUGGAGAAUUUAGACUAAAGAUCAUCAGUGACAGAAGGAUUUUAUUCAAAAGAUUCACUGUUACUGUCUCUGUACCAGGUAUUUCUCCAGGCGCUGUAGCAGGGAUAUGUGUUGUUCUGCUGCUGGUGGCUGCCGCUGCAGCUGCUGGUGUUGGGAUUUAUUGUCGACCCAGUGAUUCUGAAGACAAAAAACUUAUAUCGAAGUUCUCUAAACAACUAGAGCAACUGCCGAAGAUCUCCAAACAACUAGAGCAAUUGUCGAAGCUCUCUAAACAAUUGUCCGAGAUCAAUGAAAAAGAACUGGCGGAGGGCUGUGAAAAAGAAAAAACAAAGAUCUCUGAAAAACUAAAGAAAAUGUCCGGGGACUGUAAAAAAGAAAUGUCGGAGAUCUCUAAACAACUAGAGCAACUGCAUGAAGAGAAGAUCUCAGAACGACUGUCCGAGAUCGCUGAAAAAGUAAAGAAAAUGUGUGAAGACAAGAAACCUGAACAACCAGAGCAGCUGUCUUUGAUGGGUGAAGCAGAAACCUCUGAACAAGAAACACUCUUGACAGAUGAAAUGGAGAUCUCUGAACAAGAAAUAUGUGCUGAUGUCACAAAGAUGGAGAAGGGUGAAGGGGAACGGUGCAUUUAUGUUGCAGAGACUGCCAUAAGUCGAGUGAUCGGUGCUGAUCGGGCUGUCAUAGACAGACAGGGCAGGAGGAGCCUUGUGAUCCGUAACCCCAGUACUAAACGUGCUGGAGGUCACACACAUGGAUCAGAUCCUCAAAAUGAUCUGAAAGGGCUGAAAGAAGAAUCAUCAGGAAAAGAAACAUCUUCUAUCAGCCAAAUAGACAAGGAUGGAGAGAAUGAACAGUAGAAGAAGAGAUAAGACACGCCCACCAGUGUCAAUCACUGUGACAUCAUCAGCAUUUCAGCUCAGUCUUUUAGAAGCUUCUAGAAAUCAUCCAGUGAAAGUGAGAAAUGAAUCAGUGUGUUUGAGCUCUUAAAGUCUUGUGUGAAAAGCUUCUUUGGGUUCAGAUGAACAGGGAAAUGUGUUGAUGGAAACACUGCAUGUAUAAUUUUAUUAAUGUUUCACUACAUACCUCACCUUUAAAGUGUUACUCUUAACAUAAUACUAAUUUGACUCUCACAGCUUUGAUUUUGAUUGUCAGAAAUAUUACUUAUUUUUAAAGAAGUGUUUUACCGCAGCAGUAUCUCUCUAUGUGCUGUUUUACAUCAUUAACACUAGUGCAAGGAGGUGUUUUUUCUGGUCAAGUAAAAACAAGUAGCAAUAGAACAGGGAAAAAAAAAAAAAAAAUGAGGCUUAAAUUUAUUUUUGGGUGCCAUUCACUUCCAUAGUAUAAUUUUUUUCCUACACUGAAAGCCAAUGGGUCUCAUUUACUAAUAUAAUUGCGUAGUUUAUUUCAUAUCUGAACUUCUCAUGAAAAAUCUCAGCCUAGUUCACCACACGUGUGUACGCACAUGAAUCUGUUCUGAACCUCGUUCUUAUUUUAGUGAAUUUGGAGAGUUCUAAAUGAGCGGUCGCGUGCACGAGGUUAGUCAUUUGCAUAAAACACGUCCAUGUAAGGGCUUUCCGCGCACAGCCUUUCGUCACCCGUGUCAAACUUGCCACUGUUUGCGACACACUCUCUCCUGAUCCUCGAGCAAUGAGUGAUCAGUUCUCACAAUAAACCGCUUUCAUACCGACCCAGAUUACAGAGCUGUCAUUAGACAUUAUCUGUGUUAUUCAGAGAAUAAGAUAUAACGAAGCUUUUCUUACUCUUUAACUGUAUAUAAUGUAUUUCAGAUUGAAUGAAAUUGUAUUAUUUAAUAAUUUUAUUAUAUUAUUUUAUAUAUAGAUUGUAUAAUACAAUUAAUGCAACACACUUCAAUAUAAUUAUAGUCAUGUUAGGAUGAAAUAUAACGUCUUAACACGAUUAUAAGGCCGUACAGAGAAAGUGUUUUUUGUGUAUGUGUGGUUUCAGUUGUUAAAAUCGUUCGUACGCACAUUUCACGCACACAUUUGUACGUACAUGUGAAUGAGACCCAAUGUCUGCUCUCACUGUCUGGUUACCAGCAUUCUUCAAAAGAUCCUUUUUUUGUGUUCGGAAGAAAGAAACUCACACAGGUUUGGAACAACAUAAACUUAAUCUUAACUUAAGAACUCAUUGGGGUUGUUCAACUAUACAUUGAUUUCUUCUGCUAUAAAAAAUUUCCAUGUAUAAUAAACUUUUUACCAAAGCCUCAGAUGUCUAAAGGGGUCAAACUAAUCUGACGCUGUUUUUUUUUUUUUUUUUUGAUAAAAUAAUUAAAAUCUCCAUUACUGUAUGUAUUCUUUUUUCAUCAUGUAGGUGCUUAUACAGCAAUGCCAUUUUCAAAUUUAUUGUUCAUAGGUUCCAGAAUAUACAGUGGGUACGGAAAGUAUUCAGACCCUCUUAAAUUUUUCACUCUUUGUUAUAUUGCAGCCAUUUGCUAAAAUCAUUUAAGUUCAUUUUUUUUUCCUCAUUAAUGUACACACAGCACCCCAUAUUGACAGAAAAACACAGAAUUGUUGACAUUUUUGCAGAUUUAUUAAAAAAGAAAAACUGAAAUAUCACAUGGUCCUAAGUAUUCAGACCCUUUGCUGUGACACUCAUAUAUUUAACUCAGGUGCUGUCCAUUUCUUCUGAUCAUCCUUGAGAUGGUUCUACACCUUCAUUUGAGUCCAGCUGUGUUUGAUUAUACUGAUUGGACUUGAUUAGGAAAGCCACACACCUGUCUAUAUAAGACCUUACAGCUCACAGUGCAUGUCAGAGCAAAUGAGAAUCAUGAGGUCAAAGGAAAUGCCUGAAGAGCUCAGAGACAGAAUUGUGGCAAGGCACAGAUCUGGCCAAGGUUACAAAAACAUUUCUGCUGCACUUAAGGUUCCUAAGAGCACAGUGGCCUCCAUAAUCCUUAAAUGGAAGACGUUUGGGACGACCAGAACCCUUCCUAGAGCUGGCCGUCCGGCCCAACUGAGCUAUCGGUGGAGAAGAGCCUUGGUGAGAGAGGUAAAGAAGAACCCAAAGAUCACUGUGGCUGAGCUCCAGAGAUGCAGUCGGGAGAUGGCAGAAAGUUGUAGAAAGUCAACCAUCACUGCAGCCCUCCACCAGUCGGGGCUUUAUGGCAGAGUGGCCCGACGGAAGCCUCUCCUCAGUGCAAGACACAUGAAAGCCCGCAUGGAGUUUGCUAAGAUGGUGAGAAAUAAGAUUCUCUGGUCUGAUGAGACCAAGAUAGAACUUUUUGGCCUUAAUUCUAAGCGGUAUGUGUGGAGAAAACCAGGCACUGCUCAUCACCUGUCCAAUACAGUCCCAACAGUGAAGCAUGGUGGUGGCAGCAUCAUGCUGUGGGGGUGUUUUUCAGCUGCAGGGACAGGACGACUGGUUGCAAUCGAGGGAAAGAUGAAUGCGGCCAAGUACAGGGAUAUCCUGGACGAAAACCUUCUAUAAAUGAUUUUAGCAAGUG